CGCACAAUUUUCCAUUCUGGGUGUUUUUGUUGUCGAUAUCGGUGGCGAUCCUUCUGCUCUCGGCAAGCACGCAUCAUUUCUACCUUUUCACUGCGAUCGAAACCGAAGUGUUCGGCUGUAAACUACGGAGCAAGCGAAACUCAUUGGCGACAUCAACUCGUUGCAGAGCUAAAGCGAAACUCUCGGUGCGGGGAGAAAACGCUACAGUAUCCCGCAACGCGGUGUACGCUGCCAUCAAACAGCGGCUGAAGGUUGGAUACUGCGCGAAACACGGCUGCAGGAAUUUGCGAAACGUAGUUCCGGUUCCAGUAGCUGUUCAGUUACUGGCCAUCAUCGUUGUCGUCGUCGUUGUCGUUUUGUCCCAUCGUGGUCGCGAUUCCGUUUCCAAGCAAUUCAAUUCUGUGUAAAAUUAUAAAGUGGCGGAAAUCCUUUUCCGUGGUGGUAACAGUUUUGCGGAAAAGCUACGGCAAAUUCCCGUCUCGGCGAAUCCGAGUGCUCCGACUUUUUCCCAGACACCUUCAACAGUGGAACAGGAGAAGAUCGGGGCAGAUUAAAGCUGGACAAAGUCGUCCGCUUCUUCGUCCAGAAGGAGGAGAAGCUGUCGAAGCAACGGUAUCAUCGAUCCCGGAAAUUGCAUCGUUACUGCCACCCACCUUCUGCCACUAUACCCCACUGAAGAGUGAUUAUAGCAGCUUAAUCUGCCUGGCGAGCCAUUUGUUGAUAAAUAUCCAGAAAGUGCAGAACCGUUAACCGCGGCCAACAAAGCAAGCAGCCUUCCGAACGGUGUCCGCGCAAGGAUGGGUGACGCAAUCAACUUUGGGCCUGCCUGGUUACGCAAGGUGGCGUCCGAUAGUAACACCACUAGUAACCAUCACAGUACGAACAGUAGCAGCAGCAGCAGCAGCCACCACAGCAGCCAUUCGAUGGUGAACAGCAAUAGCAGCAGCACCGUCGCCAACAAUGCUGGCGGUGGUGGAGGCGUCGGAUUGCAUCAUCAGCAUCUUCCGCAUCACCAUUCGCAGUCGCCGUCGUCGUCGCACUCUUCAUCGCACCAUAGCCUGUCGCAUAGUAGCAGCGGCAGCGCUAUCGGUGGCGGUGGUAGCGUCGGCGGCGGUGGAAGCUCCGCUGCUACUGGCGGAGGUGGUGGUGGCCUUUCCAAUAGCUCGUAUGGUGGGAGCUCUGGUGGAGGUGGUGGCGCUGCUGCUAACAACGGCGGGACUGGACCAGGGGGCGCUGUUACCUCCACUACAAUUCGGUACCCGUUAGCCGAGUUUCGCUACGGCCGGGAGGAAAUGCUAGCCCUGUUCGACGGAAGAACGAUCAAGACUCCGGAAAUACUGGUGCACUACAAGGGCUUGUUCGUGGAAAAGCCGCAACCACCGCUCGCGCUUACUCCUUGUCCGGAGGAAGAACUGAUUGUGGAACCGGAGGCACGGCGCGCUUGGCCAUCGAGAAGUAUUUCGCUUGGAAUUCCUGGACGUGGCGCUCGUGGUGGCUCGGUCGAUCGUGGUCGCGGGCGUGGCCGCGGUCUGUAUACUAGCUAUCAACGUUCGUCCUCUUUCUACGAUGAUGAAUCCAGGGGCGUAGGAAGAGGCGAACGACCGUGGCUGGAGCGUAAUGGAACUGGUGGCAUCGGAGGGGUCGGAGGCGAUGCAGAGUGGAACAACUCAUCGUCGAGCCCUCGGAAGGAGUACGGGUCGCGCGUUAUUCGUACGAGCGGGGGCUUGGAAAGCUGGCGUCGUUCCCGUACGGACGAUGAGAACGCCGGCGCUACCAGCAACGGGAUCAGCGAUUGGCGAUCUGGUGGUGGUACUGGCGGCAGUAUUACGGGCGUGGCGCGUGAAAAGUGGACUCGAUCAACGAGCUGGCGCGAUGAGGAUAGCUCCUCUCAUCACGGGGUCGAACGAGGAUUGAAUAGUAGCAUCGGGGGUGACCGCAUGAUUCCCCCCUACAAGUCGCGCCUUUCGUCUGGUGGCGGUCUUGGCAGCGGCGGUGGUGAUCCGAAUUCCGGCCACUCGAUGGGUGCCGGUGGAAUGCGUCGCCCGAACUGGGAUACCGAUGAGCUGCCCGAGUGGGCCACGGAAAAUCCGUCCGAUUUCGGUGGCAGCUUCGAUGCGACCGGUGCAUUUCACGAUUCCGAUAAUGAUGGCGAGAACGGUGGUGGUGGUGGCAGUGGCAGCGGGGGAACUACUGUUAACCGGUAUGCCGGAGAUGGUAGUGACGCGAACGGCGGUAAGACAAACCACCUUACCAAGGGCGGCGAUGAACGAUCGAAAAACAACAUUCGACACCGAGCUGACGACAGCGAGUCCGGCGGUGAACCACAUCGAGACGGGACGGAGGAUACGACUGGCAAAAAUAGAAGCGAUAAAUCAACGCCAGCAUCGGCCCAGAGAAGAGAAAUCGGCAAGUCCAUGAACCAUAUCGACGGCAGAGAGGACGACGCGACGGCGUUAGCUGUCGGUAAAAAAGGUGACGCUCACAAUGAAAAGCAACAUUCGAGUGCCAAUGAAUUGCAACAGAAGCAAAAACAGAAACAACAGCUAGAUAAGGACGGAAACCCCCAUGUGUCUGAAUCGUCUCCAGAAAAACUAUCCUCGUCAGAGAGAAAUGAUGGUUCUGGCUUAGUUCAAUCGAGCACUACGACGAAGGGUAUAUCUUCUUCGCGUGAAUCAAUCGAAUCCUCCGUUUCAUCUUCCAUCAGCGGAACGGCCGCUGUGAUAGAACCUGACGCUCGACAGAAUUCCCCGUCGUCGUGGCACAAGGCUAAUGCUGCAUCGGUUGCCACUGGGGCAAAAAUUGCUUCCGAGCAUGCAUCGCUAUCGGCUAAAGGUGGUGAGGCCGGGAAUGAAAAUGACAACAACGAUGGUCAAAAACAUUCCUCCCAGCAAGAGAAGCGAGACGGACCGAAAAAGUCGCCGUCCAGUACGAGCGUCGAUCGAAUGCAGGAAGUGGCAGACGAUAUGGUUGCUCAGCUGAUUAUGGAUGAUGAAUUUCUGGCGACUGACGGUGAUCCAUCGGUAAUCUCUUCGAUUGCUGCUAGCACCAGUGGGUUGGUCGGUGCGGGUGGAAGCCUCGGCAAAUCUCCGGUCUUUGGUAUGUCGGCGGCAGGUGCGACCAGUGCGGCAGCAACCUUAGCAGCGGGAGGACUACCGAUGAACGUGGUUUUACCGAAGGCGCAUCCGAUGCAACAACUCUUUGGAAAUGGGAACCUUUCGCGCGUGAAUCCUCUAUUGCUAUCCGAUCCGGUGGCUGCCAAUCGUGCAGUAGUGGCCGGUGUAAACCCGAUGGCACAGCUGCACCAUUUGAUGGGACCACCGGCUCCCCCGCCCGGAUCGGAUAUAUGGUUUUACCGUGACCCUCAGGGUAAAUUGCAGGGUCCGUUCCAAGCGGCGGAAAUGACAGAAUGGUACAGGGCCGGAUACUUCGACGAGUCGCUGUCGGUGCGGCGAGCAUGCGAUGAGGUAUUUAAUACGCUCGGCACACUGGUGGCCCUUUGCGGUGGCAUGCCAUUUUUAAAUUCUGUGAUCAUACAACCGUUCAAAGCGUCCGGUGGUGGCGGUGGCAUGGCGAAACAUUCGCCACAGCAACAACAGCAAACGCAGUCCAGCACGGCUACCCAGGGCCAACAAAAACAGGCUGCACCCGGCACGAAUGGCAACAAUGUUAUGCCUUCCCCGAAUCAACAGCCAACGGCUGGACAGGGAUCCUCACAGCAGCAACAGCAGCAGCAGCAGCAGCAGCAGCAAGGGUCACUGCAUCCUGGAAAUGCUGGCAGUUCUGCUGGUGGUGGUCCGAAUGUUUCCGGAAUUUCAAGUAUUCAUUUAAUGCGCCAGCACCAAAUGGUGGUGCAGAAGCUACAAAGUACGGAAGGAUGGGCUGUACUAACGCCAGAGCAGCAAAACAUGAUCAUCCAACAGCAGAUGAAUCAGCUGAUGAGCUCAGAUGUGGCGGGCAUUGGAAUGAUAUCGCCUUCUUCAUCGUUGCCUGGCGCAAAUGCUGGAAGCGCAGCAGGUGCGAAUCAGCAUCAACAACAGCCGGGUGGCAUUUUUGGCGCUGGUACAGCUGGCGGGGCCGCUGGUAUGAUACCGUCGAAUCAGGAAACGUUGGUACAUCAGAAAAUGCGGGAAAUGCACCAACAACAAGGCCAACCCCUGCAACCGCCUCAACCGCAACAGCAACCGCCAGCACACGUUAUGAUGGAACAGCUGCAAAAGUCUGUUUCAAGCAAUCAUAACAAUAGUGCGUUCUUGAAGUUGCAUUUACCAGACUUCAAUCAGACAUCUCAAGUUCCUGGAGGAAGACCGAUGCUUGGUAACAUGAAUGUUGAUCCCACCACUGCCGCAGCUGUAGCUGCUGCUGCUGCAGCUGGGCACGACCCUCUAGGGCACUUGAUGCAUGGUAUUGGGUAUAAUCCUCAAGCCGCCGGGCAAAAUCUUGGACCUUUGGGGCCAAACAAUCUUCUGAUGAAUCGCGGUAGUUUGCUGGGAGCUGGGGCCGGUGUUCCUACACAGCAACAACAACCUCCAUCUCAACACCAGCAACCACCACAUCCAAACGCUGGAAAACCAGGCGCAGAGGAUCCUAUUCAAUCACUGUUCAUGCAACUGUCGUUGCAUAAGAACCAACAAACUCCGCAGCAGAUGCCGAAUCAUCAGCCUUCAUCGAAACCGGGAGGAGAAAUGAUGGGAGCUCCUGCUGGCUGGCUGCAAACGGGCGCUGGACAACCACAGACUGCCAAUAACGGCGGUGGAUUACCUGGACUAGUUGGCCCGCGAGGUCCAAUGAUUGGCGCAACUUCUAGUUGGGGCGAUCUACCACCACCUACGAGUGCCUCUUUUGCGUCCUUAAUGCAGCAGCAACAGCCGCCGCAUCUCCCCCACGCUGGUCACCAUCCACUGUUAUUAGGUGGCAGCGGUCCAUCAAAUGAACCACAGGCACCAUCAGUUGUUUCACUGUUUAAACAUCAUCAGCAGGCAGAAAAGCAACAACAACUGGAGAAAGAACAGCAACAGCAGCUUAUUCAACAGCAGCAACAACAACAACAACAGCAGCAACAGCAGCAACAGCAGCAGCAGCAGCAGCAGCAACAGCAACAGCAACAGCAACAGCAACAGCAACAGCAACAGCAACAGCAACAGCAACAGCAACAAUUGCAACAGCAGCAACAGCAGCAUCAACAACAACAACAAUCGCAGCAGCAGCAGCAGCAGCAACAGCAACAAAUGCAGCAGAUGCAUCAAGAAAAUGCACUUGCUCAACAAAAACAGCAGCAUCAGGUGCAGCAAUCACAACAUGUCCAGGAAAAUCAUCAGCAUCUGCAGCACAUGCAACAGCAUCAAAUGCAACAAUUACAACAUCAGCAGGAGCAUCAGCAGCAAAUAUCGCAACAACAGCAACAACCACAACAGCAGCCACAGCCGCCGCAACAGCCAGAGCCUCAGUUGCAGCAACAACCACAACAGCAACAGCAACAGCAGCAACAUCAACAGCAACAGCAACAGCAACAGCAACAGCAACAGCAACAGCAACAGCUACCGCAACAGCAACAGCAACAGCAACAGCAACAGCAACAGCAACAGCAACAGCAACAGCAACAGCAACUGCAACAGCAGCAACAAAAGCAACAGCAACAGCAGCAACAGCAGCAACAGCAGCAACAGCAGCAACAGCAGCAACAGCAGGAACAGCAGCAACAGCAGCAACAGCAGCAGCAGCAGUCGCAGCAGUCGCAACAACAACAACAACUGCAGCAGCAGCAACCGCCGCCGCAGCCGCAGCCGCAGCAACAACAACAACAACAACAACAACAACAACAACAACAACAACAACAACAACAACAACAACAACAUCUGCAGCAACAGCAGCAGCACCAGCAACAACAACAACAAACACAGCAGCAUAAGCAAGCUAAGGAAAAUCAAAAAAAGGAGAGCAUUGCCAUAGAAGCGUUGAACCAACAACAGUCCGGCAAUAACAAAAAGCAAAGUAAUAAGCAGCACCACCAGCAGCACGUAAAUAAUCACGUAGAAACGGUGGAAGAAAAGACAGGUACAUUGCAGCAGAAUCAAAAGUCCAAAAAGCAACAAAAGAACAACCAUCUAGCUUCGGGUGGGGCCAGCAACGGCCAAGUAACGAUUACCAGCGAGGAGGAAAGCGAAUUCAUCAUCGUGAAAAAAGAGAUGGAGGAAAAGAAGCGCCAGAAAGAGAUGAAAAAGCAACAGCAGGAGGAGCAGAAGCGUAAGCUGGCGGAAGAGAAAAAGCUGCUGGAGGAGCUGGAAGCACAAAAGAAAGCAAAGCUGCUGGAGUCUCAGCGCCGUGAAGCGAUGAAAAUUCAAGAGCAGCAACAGCAGCAACAGCAACGCUCGGCCCCUAAAGCUGUACCGGCGCCAUGGUCUGGAGCGAUGGCAGAAAUUGCAAACAGCAAACUAAGCCUGUCGGAAAUCCAGAAAACCGAACGUGCUCUGCUGGCCCGCCGUGAGCACAGCAUGCGCGAGCAACAGGAACAGCAGCAGAUGCUGGAGAUGCAAACGCAGCUGGUAGACGGUCGACUGAAGUGGAACGCACAGAACCUGAUGCCGGCCAAGGUGAAACCAUUGGCUGAGAUACAGGCGGAAGAGGCCGCUGCGGCUGAAAGAGCCCGCGAGAAGAAUGCGAACGCGUCCGGUUUAACGGUGGCUGCCAUUGCGGCUCAAGGUGGCGUAAAGGGUUCGAAGAAAGAGGACAACUUGGCCAGUCUGCUGGGCGGUGCUGGUGCUAGUGGAGCCGGAUCCGCUGUGUGGCGCGGAGCCGGUAGCAUGCUGUACUUUAAUUCAACUAAAGCGUGGACUGGUGAUGGCGAGGCGAGCAGUCUUCUAGGUGGGGGAGCCGGCGGUGGUUCCUCCGGGCUCAGCAAUAAUGUUAGCUCUGGCGGCUUCUGGGAGGAACCUACGCAGCCCAGCGUCGUAACAGCUGCCUCGAUUGUUGCUUCCGCUGGCAAGGGCACUGGCAACAGUGCGCGGAAGCAGGCGGCCAAUGCCAACGUGACCACGUCUGGCGGUGCUUCCGGCAAGCAGCAGCAGCAGCUUUUGAGCAAGAGCAAAACAAUGGGCAGCAUUUCCACGAGCUCUUCCUCGACAGUGGCCGCUGCCAAGCAGCAGAAGCAACAGCAGCAAGGCUCAGCCAAAGGUAGCGGAUCAUCGGGUACCGGUAAGGCCGGUGGCAAGAAUGGAAAUGUGUCCGGAGGAAAUAGCGAUCGAAAGGACGACAGGAAGCAUCCGAGCGAGCCUACCAAUGAAUUUACCGAUUGGUGUACUCGUGCCCUGAGCUCGUUAAACAGCAACGUCGACAUUCCAACAUUUGUCGGAUUUCUGCAGGACAUCGAAUCACCGUUCGAGGUGAAGGACUAUAUCCGUUUAUACUUAGGAGAAACUAAAGAGUGUUCGGAAUUUGCGAAGCAAUUCCUCGAGAGACGCUCCAAGUACAAAAAUCAGCAGCGCCAAAAGAAUGCCCACAUCGAUGAUAUGUGUAAACCGGCACCAGCUAUUAACCCAUCGUCUAACGAUUUCCAAGAAAUCAAGGGUAAAAAUAAGAAGGUAAAGAAGAACAAGAUGAUGAAACUCGACAGCAGAAUCUUGGGCUUCUCCGUUACGGCUGCGCCGGAUCGGCUUAACGUUGGCGAACGAGACUAUGGCGAUAACGUUUAAGUGAUCGGCACAUAGCCAGGAAGAGAAAGUGAGACAGAGAGGCAGAGGGAGAAAAAGAGAUACAGAAAGAAAGAAAGAGAGAGA